CCGUCUGAAAUAAGCCAAGACGCCCAAGCACAACAGAACCUGCUUGGACCACGAACCAGAUGGAAAAAUCCAAAAACUUUCGCAUCGACGCGCUUUUGGCCGUCGAUCCGCCAAAAGUGCAGACAUCACCGUUAGCAUUAGUGACCUCGCUAUCCUCGUCCUCACUCUCAUCGGCAGGGAGCCUAAACGGCUCCGACCUCAACACCAGCACCGAGUCUCUGCGAACGGACAGUCCGUCUCCUCCGAGGAUUUCCUCGUGCGGUUUGAUUCCCAAGCCCGGCUUUCUGAACUCCUCGCACUCGAGUAUGGUGGGACUUCAUCCACAGAGCAGCACCGCCAUUCCCCCGCAGGCGCUAUAUGGGCACCCGAUGUACACCUACUCUGCAGCAGCUCUAGGGCAGCAUCCAGCAUUGUCUUACUCCUAUCCACAUGGUACCCAUCAUCACCACCCAAACGACCCCCUCAAACUCACGCCAGGGACAUUUCAACUUGACCACUGGCUCAGAGUGUCCACAGCUGGGAUGAUGCUACCAAAGAUGCCUGACUUUAACUCUCAGGCACAGUCGAAUUUGUUGGGAAAGUGCAGAAGGCCGCGGACUGCGUUCACCAGCCAGCAACUCCUGGAGUUGGAGCAUCAGUUCAAACUGAACAAAUACCUCUCUCGACCCAAGAGGUUUGAAGUGGCUACUUCUUUGAUGCUGACAGAAACACAGGUAAAAAUCUGGUUCCAAAAUAGACGUAUGAAGUGGAAGCGCAGCAAGAAGGCAAAGGAACAGGCGGCACAGGAGGCAGAGAAGCAGAAGAGCGGGAAAGGUUCUCAGGACAAAUCGGAUGGACACGAGCAAACGGAUUACAAGAAGGGUGACACCAAAAGCAACAGAAUACGAGAUUUCAGGGACAGUGACGACGAGGAAGGAGACAAUUUCCUCUACAACUCAUCAGACUGUUCGUCGGAUGACGAGAGAACCCAGGCCAGCGACGUCAGCCCACAACCGUGAGCGCCAUCCAAGCAGGACUCUUGUUUUUCCCCUUUUCACUAAGGACAAUGAAACUGCAUGACAAACAAAAUACGAACGACAUAAAUGUACUGAGGUACUUGACAAAAAUGUUUAAAUUAUCGGCAUCCAUCAAAUGUGGUAGAAGUUGGCCUGUGCGCUCUGCAAAAACUUUCAUCAUGUUGUGCAAUAACAUGCCACUCAAGACACGGGGAUGUUAUAGAGGUAGCCUACAACACAUCGUUGUUUGUUACAUAGCAUGUUACUUGUGUAAAAUGUGUUAGCCUUAACAAAAAUAGGAGUCAUACAUAUCCAUCCAAAUAAUAAUAAAUCACCUGUGUAUAACGGUUAGCAAUUCAACCAGAUUUCUACCACGAUGAAUAUUGUCAAUAUAGGAGAGUGUUGAUACUGUAACCACUGCGCCUUCAGUUUCCUUUUUUCCCGAGUUGCGGUGUAAGCGUCUGUUAUUAUGUCACCAACUGUUUACUGUGCAGAAAAUGUGAUGUGUUUAUUUUUGUAUGAUGUAUUUAUAAUAAAAAAUGACCAUGCAUGGUAAAUUAUUGUUCAACGUUACCCAU